AUGGCGGAAUCUAAGACGUCGACAAGCGGUGAUUUUGACCUCAACAAGCAUCAAGUGAUCACGAGCGCCGCAGCUGGGGUGGAAGUGAACACUGGUGGUCACAGCAAGGCGCAGGAGUUACUCGCCCAUCAUCAUGUCGACUUCGACCCUGACUCUGCCGAGGCAAAGCGGGUGUUGCGAAAGAUCGACAUGCGAUUAAUGCCCAUGAUCUUUAUGAUCUAUCUGCUCCAAUUGAUGGACAAGAACAGUUUAUCAUUUGCGGCCAUUAUGGGAAUCAGGCAGGAUGCCAACCUGACCCCCAGCCAGUAUUCAUGGUUGGGCUCUAUCGUAUAUUUCGGCUACCUUGGUGGUGAUAUUCCGGCGACCUUUUUCAUGCAAAGAAUCCCCCUAGCCAAAUACCUAGCCUCUAUGUGCAUGCUCUGGGGUAUUGUUGUCGCGAUGCAUGCAGUUUGCCACAACUUUGGCAGUCUUGCAGCUGUAAGAUUUCUGCUCGGUGCCAUCGAGGUCUGCACGGCGCCUGGCGUCAUAUACAUUACAAGUUCUUGGUAUACCAAGAGAGAACAGGUCACACGCGUCGCUCUUUGGUACACUACAUCCGGUUGGGCUGCCGUCUUCGGUGGCUUUUUCAGUUGGGCGAUCUACCACGCCAAUACCUUCAAAUGGCAAGGUCUGUUUGUGUUAUAUGGAGCCCUCACAUUCGUGACCGGGUUAAUCCUUUUCUCCCUCCUAGCCGCUUCACCCACUGAGGCAAAUUGGCUUACCGAGGAGGAAAAGGUAAUUGCCCUCGAGAGAGUAAGAGGCAAUAAGACAGGCACUGAGGUUUUGAAAUUCAAUCGAGCUCAGCUUAAGGAAGCUUUCAUGGACGUUCGAUUUUACAUGAUGUUCCUACUCUUAGUUUCCACCGGCCUGCCAAAUGGUGGCGUCACUGCAUUUGGACCGACUAUUAUAUCUGGAUUCGGUUACGACACCAAAACAACCACUCUGUUGAGCAUGGGUCCUGGAGCAGCUCAAGUCGCUGGAACCUUUUUGGCCUUGGGCGUUGCAAAAUAUACCAAUAGAACCAUCGCUGGUAUCUGGACCCUGUUUCUCGCGUGCACUGGCGCCACCAUGAUGUUAGCUAUUGACGAGAAACACAUUGCAGCCCGAUAUGGAGGAUAUGUACUGACCAUGCAAUUCCCCAUCUGCGUUCUCUUCAUCAUUACUUUUAUGACCGGCGGUGUUGGGGGUUCAACUAAGAAGUUUGCUUUUGGCGUUGCCUACCAGCUCGGCUAUGCCGUUGGGAAUAUUAUUGGACCUCAAACAUUCAGACAAGAUGAUGCUCCCGAGUACUAUACUGCCAAGUAUACUAUGCUUGCAUUCUUGAUCUUCACUGGUAUCGUGAUCGGAAUCUACGGUUGCAUCCACAAGUACUGGAACUCCAAGAGACAGAUAAUUGAUGCCGAGCCUAGCGACGACGGGCUACACAUGGAGAACGAAGAAUUUGCAGACAUCACAGACUUUAAAAUGAAGGCAUUUCAAUAUCCAGUCUAG